UCCCGGGGGAGGAUGGGGCAGUGAGCGGGUUCGGGCGGCUGCCGGCAACGCCAUGGAGACGGUACAGCUGAGGAACCCGCCGCGCCGGCAGCUGAAAAAGUUGGAUGAAGAUAGUUUAACCAAACAACCAGAAGAAGUGUUUGAUGUCUUAGAGAAACUUGGAGAAGGGUCCUAUGGCAGCGUAUACAAAGCUAUUCAUAAAGAGACUGGUCAGAUUGUUGCUAUUAAGCAAGUUCCUGUGGAAUCAGACCUGCAGGAGAUAAUCAAAGAAAUCUCAAUAAUGCAGCAAUGUGACAGCCCUCAUGUAGUCAAAUAUUAUGGCAGUUAUUUUAAGAAUACAGACUUGUGGAUCGUUAUGGAGUACUGUGGGGCUGGCUCUGUGUCUGAUAUCAUUCGAUUACGAAAUAAAACAUUAACAGAAGAUGAAAUAGCUACAAUACUACAGUCCACACUUAAGGGACUGGAAUACCUUCAUUUUAUGAGGAAAAUCCACCGAGAUAUCAAGGCGGGCAAUAUUUUGCUAAAUACAGAAGGACAUGCAAAACUUGCGGAUUUUGGAGUAGCAGGUCAACUCACGGAUACCAUGGCAAAGCGAAAUACAGUGAUAGGAACGCCAUUUUGGAUGGCUCCUGAAGUGAUUCAGGAAAUUGGGUAUAACUGUGUGGCAGACAUCUGGUCGCUGGGAAUAACUGCAAUAGAAAUGGCGGAAGGAAAACCCCCAUAUGCUGAUAUCCAUCCAAUGAGGGCAAUCUUCAUGAUUCCUACAAAUCCUCCUCCCACAUUCCGAAAGCCAGAGAUGUGGUCAGAUAACUUUACAGAUUUUGUGAAGCAGUGUCUUAUAAAGAGCCCUGAGCAGAGAGCCACAGCAACUCAACUCCUACAGCACCCAUUUGUCAAGAGUGCCAAAGGAGUGUCAAUACUGCGGGACUUAAUCAAUGAAGCCAUGGAUGUGAAGCUGAAACGCCAGGACGUUGAAUGGGAUGUGGACCAGGACGAUGAAGAGAACUCGGAGGAGGAUGAAAUGGAUUCUGGCACAAUGGUUCGGGCAGCAGGUGAUGAGAUGGGCACUGUCCGAGUUGCUAGCACCAUGAGUGAUGGAGCCAAUACUAUGAUUGAGCAUGAUGACACGUUGCCAUCACAAUUGGGCACCAUGGUGAUCAAUGCAGAGGAUGAGGAAGAGGAAGGGACUAUGAAAAGAAGGGAUGAAACCAUGCAGCCUGCAAAACCAUCUUUCCUUGAAUACUUUGAACAAAAAGAAAAGGAAAAUCAGAUCAACAGCUUUGGCAAGAGCGUAUCUGGCCCACUGAAAAAUUCUUCAGAUUGGAAAGUACCACAGGAUGGAGACUAUGAGUUUCUUAAGAGUUGGACAGUGGAAGACCUUCAGAAGAGGCUGCUGGCCCUUGACCCCAUGAUGGAGCAGGAGAUAGAAGAGAUCCGACAGAAGUACCAGUCCAAGCGGCAGCCAAUCCUCGAUGCCAUUGAAGCUAAGAAGCGGCGGCAACAAAACUUCUGAGCAAGCCCAGGCUGGGAGGGCCCCCAACUCCACACAGGCCUUCAGUGAAUUCUGUGGAUUACUCGCCAUUCAAGUUUGUUAGCCAGCAGUUCUGCUCUGUCAUUUCUCCACAGCACCUUUGUGAACUCAGGAAUGUGCGCCAGAGGGAAGGGCUACUGACAGCGUGUCAUCUUGAUAUGUGCAUUUAAAGUGGUCAGGUAUAUUAUUUCAAAGGAUAUAUAUUGGCGCUUUUAAACUCAGAGUUUUAAACCCCAGGAACACAGACUCCCAGUUGAAUGAUAGCUGGGAAAGUUUUAUGUUAUCUUUGUUUUUCCUCUCCCAAUACCUUUCAAUUGUUCUUUCUGGAAGACUUUUAAAAAUAUAUAAAUAUACAUAUAUAUAUAUAUAUAUAUAUAUAUAAAUUAUAAAUAGAUUCCCCACUCAGUGUGGAGGCAUCUCUGUACAGGUACAGUUUUAAACAGUUUGCCUCUUUUCUGAAAGAUUACGGUACUGUGGAACAUGAAGGCAGAGGGCACUGGAGGCUGUUGGGGUCACUAGAAUCCCAGGAACCAACCUUACCCUUUGCAGGAUUACAUUAAAAAUUAACUUUGCGGCCAGUUCUUUAGCCAAGGUUUCAGCCUUUAUAUAGAUCAUCACUGGCUUCUGAAGCCACUGGUGAGGUCCAAGCGACCCUGGCUGUUUGUGUUUACUCUGAGUCCCAGGAGAAGCCUGGCGCCCUUUUUGCAAAUUGGCCUUUGCUGUUUCAGUGUCUGUCAUCUAUCUCCACUCUCCCAACUGCCUAAAGUCACAGCACAGAUCCCGCCUAGUGCCUUAAGAGGAGACGUGAUCCAGUGAGGGGACAGGCCUACCAGGACCUCUCAGCAUACAUGGGGCUCUGGUCAGUCCACAAAAGGGAAAGGGUUUCAGAGCUCUUAUUGUUCACGUGAUGAUCACAAACUUGGCGUUUUGCUCCACAUUCCUUAUAGAGAAGGGUAGAGGGCAUUGCUUUUGUGAGCCUCAUUCAAAUAUGUGACUAUUCUCUUGUACCUUUUACUGCAAAGGGAUCUGGAAAGGAAAAAUGAAAAUCAGACCAAGAUUUGUUCUCCAGGAGGAUCAAUCCAGACAUGUAGAAUGCCAGAGACAGAAAUGAUCACAGAGAUCAUGUGGUCCUACCUCCUCAUUGUCUAGAUGGGAAAACUGAGGCUUAGAGAGGGGAAGUGAUGUGGCCAAAAUCACAGAGCAUGUUAGAGUAAGAACUGGUACCAGAACUUGGGACUCCUCAUCCCUGGACCACUGAACCAAGCAGCCCUUUCUCCAAGGGAAGAGACUUGUGCCAGUUUGGGUUCACCUGUCCCAAGGGACUCCACUAACUGAAACUUGCUCUUGCCUUGCCUUUUCAGUGGGUGACCUGGCUAUGAAAAGAUUCCCAAUGGGACCCCGAUUGUUCAGUUUGGUUUCAAUGAGUCCACGAGCUCUGCAGCGUCUGCCGGAUAGCAGACCAGCCUCUGCUCAGGCAGACUAGGGCCUGAAGCAGAUCACAGGGCUUUGCAAAAGAUAGCACAGAGCCAUCCUUCUGCACCUUUGGCUCAAGACCACUUGGCAUUUAGUCACGCAGCAAAGAGCAGACAGUUGGGAAAAGCAAAUGUCCUUUUAUUUAAUUUAUUUUCUAAUACCUCUUCCCUUCAGAUAGGGGAGCCACAACUGGUUUGCACCUAAGAAUGCUGUAAUUUGACUCCAUAAUUGCUUUUGCUCCAUAAACCUGUGGAUCAAUGGGAAGGCUGAGAAUGUUCUUCUGUGGCCAGAUUCUGUUCUUUGCAUUUAAAGCAAGUUUUUAAAAAUGCAAGAGGCAGUUACUGGUCUGCAGGGCUUGGCUGCAGCUGAGUGGCAGAUACAAAGAAGAGAGGACAAUUUGAGGAUCCUGCUAGAAUAAUAAAUGGCAGCUAGCAUUCAUCAACCGUCUGUUACAUGCCAGGCUGAGCUAGGUAGGCUCUCUUUACAUGUGUCAGCUCCAAACUUCACAAUAAGCCUGUGAAUUAAGUACUUUACCUCUGUUUCAUAGAUGAAGAAACAGAUUCAGAGAGAAAAAGAUUUUUUCUCAAGGUAAUGUAGCCAGUACAUGUUGGAAUCAAGAUUCACAGCAUCAUCAUAUGGGACCAUUAUUUACAGGGAAAAGAAAAGUCACAAGUCGGUUUAAAAUGAAGUGACCACCUUUUCUUGCACAGACUAAAUAAUACUACCUAGCAUUUUUGGGUUGGGAAACAGCUGAAUUAGUAGUCAAGUCUAACAGCCAAGUGAGUUUUAAAAAUCAAAGUUUCCAGUGGUCAUCUCUCACUCCAUCUGCUAUGCUAAUUAACAGUCUGCCUCAGUCUCUUUCUCUUUUAAACAAAGGACUUUGCAGUUGGCCAAAAAGGAGGGGAAUGCCUGUUUUCUCCCAUUCUAGGCGAGAUCCAAGUAAAGAAAGGUUCGAUUCUUCCUCUAAAAUGUUCUUGGGUCGUGAACUUUGAUCUGGAGUUUAUUUUGUUUCACGUAUGUGUGCACUCAACCUGCUGGUCCAACAAAGUGGAUUGUUCACCACUCUGGCUAGACAGAGCCCUUUGGCCAGAAGCCAAUUUGUUUUGGAUCAGAUAAAUUUCCUGACAAAGGUGUAUUUAUUUUCUAGUGACAGAAAGGCAGAGGAGCAAGUCCUAGUCAUUUUUCCCUUGAAUACUAAAUUCAAGGUAUAUCAGCUUGCUUUUAUUGAGGCCUGAGCUUCAGUCAUUGCUUGAGCACUGUGAUUCAAGCUUCCAGAGAAUUUUGAGACUCUCACAUAUUCUCUGCUUCCAAGAAACAAUGGCCCGUAUAUAAUUGUGUUAUUAAAAAAUCUCAAAUUCUCUAAGAAUAUCUUACUUGACUCUUUGUAAUUUCAAAGCAUAGUUCUGUCUGUCGCCUCUGACCUUUUCCCCAACCACCAAUUGGAUGAAUGAAUGUUUAGAUGGCUGGAUGGCUGGCUAGAUAGAUAGAAAAAAAUAAAAAGUCUGAAGCAGUUUAAGAACUAUAGCCUUAACUCCUUGAGGUUGUAGUUUCUGAUCCAGGAAACAUUUAUUUAGCACCUACCAUAUGUCAGAAAUUUAUUGUACCAUUUAAUACUUAGUAGUUCUUACCAAUAUCAUUAAUGAGAGAGGUGACAUAACGAUAGAUCUUACAGAUAUUAAAGGUUAAUAGACUAUUUUAAACAACUAUAUGCUAAUAAAUUCAACAACUUAAAUUAAAAGGAGAGAUUCCUUGAAAGGUUCAAACUACCAAAGUUCACUCAAGAAGAAAUAGAUAACUUGAAUAGUCCUAUUUCUAUUAAAACUUAAUAGCUCUGGGAGAUGUAGGUAUUGUCCUCAUUUUACAGAUGAAUUUAAGAGAGGUGAAGUCUGUUGCUCAAGGUCACACAGCUAGAAUAUGGCAGAGACAGGGUUCAAAUCCAGGUCUUCUGAUUCCUACUCCAGUGCCCUUUCUAGCAUACCAUGUUGCCUCUAAAGAUCGCAGCUCCUUAUUUACUGGAAAAUUGUUCCUGCCCAGUCCAUCCCCCAAAUCCAUCCUUUCUUAAGCACUAUGUUUGUGUUUUUAUCGGGAUUAUAUUGAUUAUCUUUGCAAUCAUGUUCUUGUUUAUUUUUGGAAAAAAAUCUCUUCUACCAGCUUGCACUUGGGACAACUUGGGGGAAAAAAAAGCUUAAAUGCUGUCACUGAUGUACAACUUAAAAAUGUGAAGUUUGUAGCUUUAACUUUUUGUAAUAAAAACUAGUAACACUGGCUGAAGUGCUGACUUGAAAUGCUAUUUUGUAAGGUUUAGAUGUAUAUAAUCUAUUGAGGUCAGCAGUUUGUAUAUGUAGCUUCCUUCAUUACCUUUUUUUAAAAAAAUCUGAGAUGUUUCCUUUGUGCUUUUACAUUAGAAUUGUUGUUCUCCAUCCUUCCUCCUCCUCGCACCUUUUCACCUUUGUUUUAAAUAAACUGUCCUUUGGAAUACA